GUCACGAAGGGACUACAUCGUCCAUGAGGCCUUUCGGCAAACGCCGGUGCGGAUGGCUUCCGAACGCCAUGUCACAUGAUGGCAUGCGUCAACCUUCCCAUGCCAACGGAAUCCGGCCUUGACAACAGCAUCCAGGGAAGCAGCUGGAUACUUAGUUCAGUGUCAGGUGUACACAUCUAGUGCAAGAACCAUCCCUUAUAUUGUCCUGGGUCAACUGAAGCUGCCCAGGCUGGCACCGCCUCAUCAAAGUCUAAAUUUGGAAAUGUGACGUCUGGUGUGUGAUCCUGCGGAUUUCUGCGCUUGAUUCAUUGGAGCAGCCGAGGCUGUGAGCAGCUUGUUGGAGGCCGAAGUGAGCAAAACUGGAACGGAUUAUUAAGACGUUACAAAGCGGAGCCUGAUUCAUCAGACAGCAUCUGACUACAGCAAGGCGUGGUGAGUUCAGGAACCGCGUUUCAAUGAUCUUAGACGUCUCCCCAGCUGCUUCAGGAGGGAUCUGAUUUAGUAUCCUAAAGGAGGGGAAAACAUUAAGCGAAACGUUAACGGGCACAUUAUGUUCAAUGGGCGGUGACUGUGGAACUAUUGAGUACUUGUUAUCCCGGGAGAGCAGCGAGGGUCUGCCUGGAAUUUCACCGCCUAGGAGCGUUAGAGGACACGGGAGAGGAGAAAGGUAACUCAAAGACUAUCUUUUCAGCCAGCGAUGGAGUUACCAUGACAACUACUGAUGUGUUCCCGGAGUUUGCUCCGCCAAUAUGCGAGCCAGCGGCCGGGCCGGCCCACAAGAAGAGGCGGAUGUUGCACACUCUGGCCGCGGUGGCUGUCCUUCUCGCCACCGGCACCACCAUAACCAGCCUCAACAAAUGCAUCUUCGCCGUCUACAAUUUCCGGUACCCCCUCCUGCUGUCGGCGCUGCACAUGCUCACGGCCAUUGUUAUCGACUACGCUUUAAUCCGGAUGGGAUUCGUCAACCUGGAGAUUAAAGAAGUCACCGGGUUACCUGCUGCUGCUAAAUUCAAAGUGUUCCUGCUCAGCUUGACCUUCUGUGCCACCAUCGGCUUUGGAAACAUGGGACUCAAUUGUGUGCAGCUCUCCUUUGCACAAGUGAUCUCCACCACUACCCCUCUCUUUACUAUAGCCAUAUCAAAGCUCUUUCUGGGUAAGGACCAUCACAUUCUCAAGUACACUGCCAUGAUGCCCAUCUGCCUGGGAGCAUCAUUUAGUCUUAUGGGCGAGGUGCAGUUUGAUCACAAAGGAUGCCUCUACAUUUUUGCUGCAACCAUGUUGAGAGGAGUGAAGUCCAUCCAACAAAGUGAGUCGGCUUGUUCUUCUCUCAUUUACUAA